CUCUGGCCUCGCUCCAGCAGCUCCACGUCCCUCCUGUGCUGCUGCCCCAGAGCUGGAUCAGGGCUGCGGGGGGCGGGGAAGCACCACCCACCGCCAGGGGUCACCCUCCCUCUCGCCUCUAUGGUCACGGCACGCCACGGAGCGUCCCGCGGCAGCGGCGCAGUCCCGGCGUUCCGCGGGGCCGCUCCCUCCUUCCGGCGCGGCGCCAUCUGCGGAGCGGGCGGUGCGACGCGGGGCUGGGAUCCGCGUCCAUCGGCGGCGGCGUUGGCGCUGUGUCGGCGCAGACAUGGCGAUCCGCUACCCCAUGGCCGUGGGCCUCAACAAGGGCUACAAGGUGACCAAGAACGUGUCCAAGCCCAGGCAGUGCCGCCGUCGCGGGCGCCUGACCAAGCACACCAAGUUCGUGCGAGACAUGAUCAGGGAAGUCUGUGGCUUUGCGCCCUACGAGAGGCGUGCGAUGGAAUUGCUGAAAGUUUCCAAGGAUAAACGUGCCCUGAAGUUCAUCAAGAAACGGGUCGGCACUCACAUCCGGGCUAAGCGGAAGCGGGAAGAGCUCAGCAAUGUCCUGGCAGCCAUGAGGAAAGCUGCUGCAAAGAAGGACUGAGUAGUGCAGUCUCUCAUUCAAUAAAGUCCUUUAUUACAAGAA